AUGUCUACUUCUCGCGAAAACUCUGUCUAUUUGGCCAAGCUUGCUGAACAAGCUGAACGUUAUGAGGAAAUGGUUGAAAACAUGAAGGCCGUUGCCUCUUCAGGUCAAGAACUUUCUGUUGAAGAACGUAACUUGUUGUCUGUUGCUUACAAGAAUGUCAUUGGUUCUCGCCGUGCUUCUUGGAGAAUUGUUUCUUCCAUCGAACAAAAGGAAGAAUCUAAAGGUAAUGAUGCUCAAGUCACUUUGAUUCGUGAAUACAGAUCCAAGAUUGAAAAAGAAUUGUCUGAAAUUUGUGAAGACAUUCUUAGUGUCUUGACCAAGCACUUGAUUCCAUCUGCUCAAACUGGUGAAUCCAAGGUUUUCUACUAUAAGAUGAAGGGUGACUACCACCGUUACUUGGCUGAAUUCGCCACCAGCGACAAGCGUAAAGAAACUGCUGACAUGUCCUUGGAAGCUUACAAGGCUGCUUCUGACGUUGCUAUUACUGAAUUGCCACCAACUCACCCAAUCAGAUUGGGUUUGGCUCUUAACUUCUCUGUCUUCUACUAUGAAAUUCUCAGCAGUCCAGACCGUGCUUGUCACUUGGCUAAGCAAGCUUUUGAUGAUGCUAUUUCUGAAUUGGACACUUUGUCUGAAGAAUCUUACAAGGACUCCACUCUUAUCAUGCAAUUGUUGCGUGACAACUUGACCUUGUGGACUUCUGAUAUGUCAGAAACCGCUCCUGAACCAGCUGAAGCUGAAGAACAACCUGAAGCCGAAAAUGAAGCUAAUUAA